GUGUAGACGUCAAAUGCGUCAAAACAAUGAAAUAGUAGUUUCUGUAAUUAAAUUCCAAUAAGUCAUACACGAAGUUAAACUUCUCACUAGUUUUUAUUAUUUAUUAAUUGUUAACUAUAAAAAAACAUAUAUACUAUUUGUUAAAUUUAAUAGAAAUUAAGAAAAAUGUCUUCUGAAUAUUAUAUAAAUGGUACCAGGGAAGAAUCCAAUGUUAAAGAGUUUGAAAAUUUAGAUGCUUCUAUCCAGGAACUUAUUAUGGCUGCUGUAGAGGCUCGCAAGAAUGCCUACUGUCCUUAUAGUAAUUUUGCCGUAGGUGCUGCUUUACGCACGGCUGAUGGCAGUAUUUAUACAGGGUGCAACAUAGAAAAUGGAGCGUAUACGGCUGGUAUAUGUGCCGAGCGAACAGCUGCUGCAAAGGCAAUAAGCGAAGGCAAACGUGAUUUUGUCGCCUGUGCUGUCGUUGCUCAACAAGAGGGUGCCUUUACCACACCAUGUGGCGUAUGUCGCCAGUUUUUAGCUGAAUUUGCUGCCAAAAAAGAUUUUGCCCUUUAUGCCACCCGACCUUUGAGUCCACCCUUUCGUGUUUUAUGCACCACAAUAUUGGAAUUGUUACCAAAAAAUUUUACUCUAACACAGUAAAAUUCUAAUAUCAAAACAACAAACAAAAUACACCAAUAGACAAUGAUAAACGUGUAUUUAUUUACAUACAUAUAUAAAUUUUAUGUGGAACAUUUUAUUAAAAUUUUUCUAAAAACAUUUUAUUGAUAUUAUUGUAUUUAUUGCAGAAUUAUGUGAAAACUGAAAGUCGUUAUUAAACAAUACCUUAAAGAACUUAAAUUUUGUCGUUUAGCAAACAAACAAUUAGUUAAAAUUAUCAAAAACAAAUUUAAGCUUAUUUAAGUUAUUUUAUGUUUACGAGUCACAGUUUAAAUAUUUUUUUUUUAGACAAAUUUAUGUUAUUCUAGUACUAACAAUUGAAGAAUAAUAAUUGUUUGAAUGUAAAAGUGUUUAAUUUAAAAACGUUUUAUUUUUUUUAAAGUGUAACUAUUGUGUAGAAUAAUAAAAUUAUUAUAAACCAAA